GUAGGAGGGGACAGUAAGUGGAUGCAGGAGUUGGCGUGAAGCCCGCUUGGAGGGUGUGCUACAAAGGCACCUUGCUCUGGCGGGGCCUCCCCGGCCUCAGUGGGUCCUUGGGGGCUGAGGCCCAUGGCGGGGAGGGGCUGUGUCUCUCUAGAGACCUGCCUCGGGUCUGGCCCUGUCGGUGGGUUCUGGUGCAGGGUCCAGCUGCAAGGCAGCCCAUGGCUUUGUGGUGGGCCAGUAAACCAGGGCAGGAAAGCUGUGAGGCCCCAGCGGUCAGACCUCAUGGCCAGAUCUUGACCCCAAGGUCACGGAGGAGAUGGGUCCUGAGAAGGGACCAGAGUGCUCCAGGGCUGAAGGCGUGUCCACAGACGUGGGGCUGUAGUGCUGGGUGGUGGCGUCCUGAGGGGGAUGCCCUGGUUCACCCCCCAGCCCUGCAAGCCGUCCUGCGAGGUGGUGUCGUGUUGUCCGAGCGGUGAUGAGGUCCCCCUGCUGUCCUCGCAGUGCCUGUUCCUGGACCAGGGAGUGUGUGGGUAGGGGUUUCCACACUGCCUGGCCUAGUGCCUGUUGUCGAGGAUGCGGGUGGCCAGAGGAAGGACAGGCCAGCGGUGCCCAGGGCGAGGUGGGUGCUCCCAGGCUGGUGUGACUACAGGUCGGACCUGUGCUGGGAACAGAGGUACCAGGUGCCGGCGUUGGGCACGUUGCUCCUGACCCCGGCCUUGAUGGCCACAGCUCGGGGAGGGGCGGCCCCAUCCAGCUCACGUCGUAGACCCAGAAGCAUCCUAUGUGGAGAGUUCGAGGAGAAACGUCCCCGUGUCCAUCUCUGCUGCUCCCCCAGAGGGGUCCUAGCCCUGGUAGCUUGCUCUUGUCCCUGCCCUGGGGCCAGCCGAGCUUGGAGCCACCCCACACCAUGCUCUGGAACCAUCCGCUCCUAGGUCAGUCUGGGGCAGGAACGGCCCAGUUCAGUGUGCACAGAGGAGUCCUUCCACCAGGGCCUGGCUCAGCUCCUGGCUGGGAAGUGGCUGCCAUCCCUCAGGCCCCCAGACCUUGGGCUCACUGUGAUUCUGUCAUCCCACACCCUGCCUUGGGCUCUGGUCAGGCCGCUCCCUCAUCUCCAGCCCGGCAUGCACGGGAGGGGAUGCGAGGUGUUGGGCAGAACUUGCCUCCCAUGCUGUGGCUGGGGGUGCCGGGGGAUGGCGUGCCAUUUUCCUGAGCAGGGAUUGUACUGGGGUCUGUCCUGCGGGUCCACAGAGAGGCUGCUGGUGUGUUGGAGGGGUGUGUGCUGCCUGGGUGCGUGCGGGCUCCCCAGGAGCUUGCGUGCUGUGGUCUGUGAGCACGGUGCUGCUUGUUGGCCUCCUUAUCACCCAUCAGGCUUGCGUAACCAGGCUCACCCUGCUUCCUGCUUCGGAACUAUCAGUGCACCAUCUGGAGCUACGAAUGGGGUGAUCGGAUGUCAACGGCCUCCCCGCACCCAGGCACUUCCUAACACCCAGCGCCUUUGUCUCCCGUGAACCUCUGGUCCCCCCGGGGCCCUGCUCUCCUUCCCAGGGCGGGUGCUCUAAACAGGGGUGCGGCCGUUCGGCUCAGGGAGGGCCCUCUGUUGCACGGACACCCCACUCACUGCCAUCCUCCUACUAGUCCCCAGCGGGUCUUUAUUUACGGAUGCAGCGGGGAGAGAGGGUGUGUGGGUGUCGGCAACAUGACCCUGGGCGAGGCACUACCCCUCCUUGGGACUCGGCUGGCUUGUCAGGAAGCGGGGACGGUCUCUCUACCUCACGGGGCUGCCGUGGGAAUGCAAGCGUGUGAUGCGUGCUGCAUGGUUGGCCCAAGGUUGCUGUGACCUGAUCUCCCUUGCGUGACGGGACCUGGGACCAUGCUGGCUGAGGACAUCUGUCCCAGAGAGGAGGCUUCUAGGCAGACUCAGACACUUGCUGGUUGGGAGUCCGGAACCCAGCAGGAGGCCUGGGUCUGCGGGCACCAUGCUGUACACCGCGGCCAUUCGGAUCUUCCCGAGCUUCCGUUUCUUAGGAGAACAGCUUAGCCUCUGGUGCCCAGUGGUGGGACGUGGUGAGGGGGCAGGCGGUGACCCACUUGAAGCCCUCCACAGGGGAGACCUCCUGGGGACAGUCCCAUGGGGGUGUGCUCAGCCCAGUCCCUUGCAGGACGGACCUUGGAGGCUGAGGCCCUGACGCGAGAGCUGAGCGCCUGGCUGCUGAUCUGUGCCUGCAUGGGUGCCUGGGUCGGUGCAGCUGUCUCCGUCCAAGGGCAAGGAGGAGGGCUCGGGGCGGGGGCUGUCACCUGUCUGAACAACAACAUCCUGAGGAUCCACUGCCGCUGGUCGGCCCCGGAGCCGGGCCGGGGACCCCAUGCCUGGCUGCUCUUCACCAGCAACCACGCGCCGGGUGGCCGGCACAGAUGUGUCUUCCGGGCCGGGGAGUGCACCCUGGUGCUGCCCCCCGAGGAGGUGCUUGUGCCUUCCGACAACUUCACCGUCACGCUGCACCGCGGCGUCUCUGGGCAGGAGCAGGUCAGCCUGGUGGACCCGCAGUACCUGCCUCGGAGACAUGUGAAGCUGGACCCUCCCUCUGACUUACAGAGCAAUGUCACCUCUUACUAUUGUGUCCUGACCUGGAGGAUCAGCCCUGCUCUGGAGCCCCUGACCGCCAUCCUCAGCUACGAGCUGGCAUUCAAGAAGCAGGAAGAGGGCUGGGAGCAGGCCCAGCUCAGGGACCACAUCGUCGGGGUGACCCGGCUCUCGCUGGACGCUGUGGAGCUGGACCCCGGGUCCCACUAUGAGGCCCGGCUGCGGGUCCGCAUGGCCACCCCGGAAACGGACGUGGAGGAGGAGCUGCGCUAUGAGGGCCAGUGGAGCGAGUGGAGUCGGUCUACCUGCUUCCCCUCGCCCCCUCGCCCUGACCGAGGCCCCCUGUCCUCCUCUCGGGGGCAGCCCGGCAGCAGCACCCUUGUUGCUGUACCCGUCUUUCUGCUGCUGACCAGCCUGAUCUACCUCGUGUUCAAGCUUUCACCCAGGGUGAAGAGGAGCCUCUCCUGGAAUGUGCCCUCUCCGGCGGCCUUCUUCCAGUCCCUCUACAGUGUGCACCACGGGGACUUCCAGACCUGGACAGGGGCCCGCAGAAGCGGUGUGCUGCCGAGCCAGGACAGUGGCUGUUCCCCACGAGGAGCCUCGGAGUCCGGCGUCCAUGAGGACAUCGCGUGGCUGACCUAUGACCCGGUGGAUCCCUGGCAGUCAGUGAUCCUGGAGGAGGAGCAGGAGGGCCCUGGGGCUGGCCUCCUGGAGGCUGCACUGCUGGCCAGGCCUGUGGUCCAGGGAGGCCAGCCGCCUGCCUACCUGCCGCAGAAGGACUGGGCCCCCACGUGUCCCCUCAGGCCAGCUCCCCCACCGUCAGAGGGCGGCAGCCAUGACUACUGGACCCUGGGCUACUCCGGGGGUUGCCACACCCCCACUUUCCCAGGAAACUCACCGAGCAUGGGGCCCAGCCCGGCUUUGGCCGGGGGCCCUUUCUGUGACCAGCAGAGCCUGGACGCCCAGCCAGGAAGUAGUGCUGUGGGAGCCGGUCACGGCCAGUGGCAAGACCCUGCUGCACAGGGCGUGUGAGGACCCCAGGGCCUUUGCUUCACCCCCGGCCUUCAGAGUCACCCGUUUCAUCUAGAAUGCUGACUCGGCCAACUGCACAAAGUCCGUUUUGUGGAAAAUGGAUGAAAGUCUCUCUGAGAAUGGAGCCCUGUGCAGACGUCCUGUCUGGAUGGGGGCAGGCCGGCCGGUGACCCCUACCCCCAUUCUCCCUGCCCUGCCCGCCACCUCCCUCCCUGCUCUUGGGCUCUGUCCCGGCCCCCCAGAGAAGGGUGGUGUUGGCCCCGACCCCCUUAGAGGGCCGGCUUGCUCCUGGCAGGCACCACUGAGGUGGUGCCUUCCUGAGCUCUGUUUCCUGCUGUGACUCCAGGAACCAGCUGCCCGUGGGGAGGGGGGCCCUGAGGUGGGCAGGGGUCUGUCUACGCUGGGGCUUUCUGGGGUGGCGGCUGCUGACGUUGGAAAUGGAGGAGCAGACAAGCGGGUCCCUGUCCAUGGGGCUCCAGUGACCCCUAGGCUCUGUGCAGAGACAAGCACUUGUGGCCCCCGGGUCCCCCAGGUGACAGCUCCCUCUGCCUCAGACAGGCAUCCCCCUCCUCCACACCCAUGGAGCCCCUGGGGUUUUGUGGGGAGCCUCAGCAGAGCCAGAGCGUGGUCAGCAGGGGUGAGGCAGGGCCCAGAAUGUAUUUGUAGCCAUAGAGAGCGGGAGGGGUGUGGACAGACGUGACGUGCAGCAUCUUCAGUUCUAACCAAGGAUGAGAAAAACCAGCGUGAAUUCACGUCCUGGAACCCACCCCCGGUGGGCCCUGGGCUGGGGGCUUAGAGCAGCCUCUGUGAGCAGUGUGGCUCCUGUGGCUUCCCAGGGAACGUAGGCCACCUGCGUGUGACAAGUGACCCCCACAGCUGGGAUACCUCUUCUGUGUGGCCAGAGACAUCGCUCCUGUGGGUCCCACAUUUUCUCUUCACAGUGCCUGGAGCUGGAGCACCCCUCGGAGGCUGUGGGAUUGUGGGUGAGCUGUGCCGGCCCCUCCAGCUGUGGGGUUCCCCGUCCCUCCUCGUUGUGCUGCUGUGAGUUCCCCUGCGGGUCACUGCACACCUGCAUGCCCAGAUAACGCUUGCUUCCCCCGCUGCGAGGAGACGAACCGGGGAGGCCAUGUGCCAGGGGUCCCCCCGUUUGAAGACCAUGGAUGAGGAAGUGGUUGAGCCCUGGGCCCUGAGGGGGUUGGAGUGCAGGGGCCUGGGAACGGAUCCUGAAGUGGGCGCGUGUUUCCAGGAGUUGGAGGCAGGGCAGGGUCCCAAAUAUGGCCGGCUGGACUGUGGAGGGCCUGGGAGGCCAGACUGAGAGCAGUGAGCCUCAGGAGGCCAGACUGAGGCAAGCGGGCCUCCCUGGUGAGGGGGGACAUCCAGCAGUCUCUCUGUUUUUGUUUUUGUUUUUAAAGAUUUUUUUAAUUUUUAAGUAAUCUCUACAGCCAAUGUGGGGCUUGAACCCAUGACCCCCAGAUCAAGAGUGCCCUGCGCCGCCGGCUGAGCCAGCCCCCUCUGUGUUUUCCAGUGUGGUGAAAUCCCCGUAGCUUAACCCCAACUUUUAAAGGGCGUAGCUUAACCCCCCAAUUUUAUGCAUGAUGUGGGUGUUUCCACGUUUCCCUGCUGUGAGCGGCACUGCUGUGAAUGCUGACAUCAACGUUUUUGUUUCACACCUGUUUUCUGUGUUUUGGGGUACAUUCCUACAAGUGGAAUUGCUAGGUCGUACGGCGACUCAGUGUUUAGAAUUUUUGAGCAACUGCCAAACCGUUCUCCACAGAGACGUCAGCACCUUCCAUCAGAAACAUACUCGCAUCCCCCUUCUCCACAUCCUCACCGACUACUGUUAGUGUCCUUUCCUAAAUUUGGUUUGUUGUGUCAGUUUCCUUAUUUGAGGAAUCUCUACACCCAGUGUGGGGCUCGAACUCACAGCUCUGAGGUCAAGAGUCCCGUGCCCAGGGUGCCUGGGUGGCCCAGUCUGUCGAGUGUCCGACUCUUGGUUUUGGCUCAGGUCAGGAUCAGGGGGUCGUGCGGUGGAGCCCGGCAUCAGACUCCGCACUCCUUGUGGUCUCUGUGGAAUUCUCUCUCCUUCUGCCCCACCUUCUGGUCUCUCUUUUCCUCUAAAAGUAAGUCAAUACAUUCUUAAAAAAAAGAAGAGUCACGUGCUCUUCUGAGUGAGCCAGCCAGGGCUCCUUGGAUCGCCAUUCUGACCGGUAUAAGGGGGUACCUCAGUGGGAUUUUGACUUGCGUCUCCCCAAUGGUUGGUGAUGGUGAACAUCUUUCAUGGGCUACUGUAUCUCCUCUUUGGAGACAAGCUGUUCAAGUCCUUUGUCUAUUUCUUAGUUGGUUUGCUUGUCCUGGAGUUGUUGAGUUGUCAAAGCUCUUUGUAUAUUCUGGAUACUGAAGUCAUAGUACAUAUUCCAUCCCCAAAUGUUUUGUUAAAUCCUGCAUGUUAUUUGGUGUCUUACACAUGGGUCACUGUUGAAUCCAAUCCCAACACACACAUGAAAAGAUGCUUCACGUCCUUAGACAUCAGGGCAAUGAACAUGAAAACCACAGUGAGGUGCCAGUUCACACCCACGAAAACGGCUGUUAUCUAAGAAAACCGGAAACAACUUUUGACAGGGAUGUGAAGAAACUGGAACUCUCGUGCACUGAGAUGAGAGAUGACAGUGGUGAUGGUUACCCGGCCUUGUGAACGCUCACUUGAAAACGGCGAAGAUGGUUUUAAGUUUUUAUGGUGAAGAUGUUUAACAGUGAAGAUGUUUUAUGGUUUUAUGUUGUGUGUAUUUUACUAGAGUUUUAAAAAUAAAAACUAA